AUGCCGUAUCUAGUCCAACCACCCGCGCGGUCCAUCGACGCCUACAACCCGCUGUUGACCUACACGCUCGCUGACCCCCUCUCCGCUGAGAUGAGCAUACUCGAAGACCUUCAGAAAUGGGGCUGGCAAGUCUCCGUGCAUUUCAAGGACGAAGAACUUUAUAUCGAUGCCGCAAGAGAGACCGAGAAAGCAAUAAAGAAGAUGAGGCGCAGAACGCAGAUGAUAUAUGGCGACGUGGUGGGGGACAGUCCGAGGUUGACUCUUGAGGAAAUGUGGCAAAGGGAGGCGACUAAGAAGGAGGAAGAAAGACAACAUGAUAUCAAGCAGAAGGAAGAAGUCAACGAUGCAGCAAGCAUAAUGUCGCGGAUGACAGAGCAGAGAGCCUGGGUGCGUUGGGCUGACGAGGAAGCUAGGUUGGAGACGGAGAGUCCUAACCCUGCAGGUCAGACAGCCUCAUCAUCCUCUAUGCCUUCUACAACCUCUCCUUCUUCAGAAGCCCCAGUCGGUCUAAUGGGUAUGUCCGGAUACUGGUGUCCGCCCGUUCUUCAAGCCCGGCCGCAAAAGAACCCUCGAUCCCACUCCAUCGCACCAAGCGCUGUGCUUCCAUCACGAGACUCGAAGGAGACUCGGAAGCUCAAGAAAAAAGUUACCCGCCGUGACUCAGAACCCUCGUUGGGAAAGUAUCUGCCACUGGGGUUUGUCAGGCCCCUGUCUUGGGUGAAAGGAAAGCGAAGCGCGAAUGAAGGGGCCAGUGCAGAUGCAACCGCACCGGAUCAGCAACAAACCACCGCUCGAUCAGAGAGCUCCUUUAGCCCUUAUCAACGCACCACCCCCACGCAAUCUGUUCCGAACAUUCACCUGCAAGAGUAUUCCUCUACUUUUCUUCAACCUGAACCACGUAACAUAUCGCCCGCCUUUUCCACUACCUCCAGCCUCAUCUUCCCUGGCCGUGAGAUAACCCCAGAAGCCUACUUCCAGCGCACGAACCGACUCCGGAAGAAUCUACAGCCACGCCAGCUUACACCACCACCAGGACUAGAAAACGAUCCCUACAUGUGGCAAGUGUGGGAUCGUGGCCGUAAAAGGCAGCAAGACAAGACUGAUCGCGUGCUGGGCAAAGACAGCAUGCAUAGAUCAGAUAGUGGCAAUGCUAGUUGGUAUGAUGGGUUCCAGACGAUGAUGAAGGAGGAAGAAGCAAAGGUGACCAAGGAAGAGAAGAAGGCUGAGAAGAAGGCGAGGAAGGUGAAGAAGAAAGAGGAGAAGGAAGAGCGAUUACGCAAGGAGAAUAGGGAGAAAGAAGAGCGGAUACGCAGAGAAAAUGAGGUGGGGGAGGCUUUAAGGAAAAAGGGUGAUUUCGCAGGUGGGUACUUGCCACGGUAUGCAUGA